CGCAGGCGCGCGCGCACACGCACGCACACAUAGCAGUGAUGUCAUUUGAAGGGGAGUUUGGGGCUUUGGGUCGGACUAACACUUUCAUUGAAUCUCUCCCCUUUCAAAUGGACGCAAAGUUUUGAAGAAGACAAAAUCAUGUAGCUUUAAAUAGAGACGUUGUCAUUUUGAGACCAGGAAUAGUUCAAGGCGCUUAGUCAUGGAAAGUUAAACAAGAAGAGUUCUCGCCCAGAAGAUAGCAGAAAAUGGGCGAAGCGAAAAGCGGCCGUCGCUCCGCCGGCACCUCUUCGUAGGGCGGCUCCAUGUCCCCCUCCUCGCCGUGCCAGAUGCCUCCGAAGACAGCGCCCGUGUCUCCUGCUCCCCCCGUCCCCCCGAGGAGGCUCCGGGGUCGGGACGGUGGCUCGGGCAGGACGCGGCGAGCCGGAGGAGCGGAGAGGCGGGUGAAGUGUGUUCUGGUGGGGGACGGAGCUGUCGGUAAAACCAGCCUGGUGGUCAGCUACACCACCAACGGGUACCCCACCGAGUAUGUCCCAACUGCCUUUGACAACUUCUCGGCGGUGGUCUCAGUGGAUGGGCAGCCAGUCAAACUCCAACUCUGUGACACAGCUGGGCAGGAUGAGUUUGACAGGCUACGCCCGCUCUGUUACACCAGUGCUGACGUCUUCUUGCUGUGCUUCAGCGUGGUCAGCCCUGUCUCCUUCCAGAAUGUCCCGGAGAAGUGGAUCGCCGAGAUAAGGCGGCACGCCCCCUUCGCGCCGCUCGUUCUUGUGGGGACUCAGUGUGACCUCCGAGAAGAUGUCAAGAUUUUGAUAGACCUGGCCAAGUACCGAGAGAGGCCAGUGGAUCCAGCGGACGCUCGGGAAUGUGCGGCUGAGAUCGGUGCCGUAGCCUACGUGGAGUGUUCGUCACUGACCCAGAAGAACUUGAAAGAAGUGUUUGAUACGGCUAUUCUGGCCAGCCUGCAGAACCAAAGCUCCCAGAAGCACUCCAAAGGAAAACAAAAACGGCGAACAAAGCAAAUGCAGACGCCUGACAAGAUGAAAAGUUUGUCCAAGUCGUGGUGGAAAAGGUACUGCUGUGUGGCGUGAAGCACUCCAGAAACUUCGAGACAAACCUGAAUUCAAACCUUCUCCGGAGUGUUGAUGGAAACCAAAGUUGCAUUUGUCUUCUCACGUGGGACAUUUACGCCUGAACCCAAGUGUCUUUCAACAUGCACUAAAAAAACAAAGAGGACAUUUUUGUCCUGGAUGGUCUGACUGCAGUAUGAACAUUUGCUGGGAUGUCUAUUUUACCCUAUUGGAUCAGUGGAUGAGGCCCUUUCAAUAAGAAGAGAAACAUUGUUGAGGAUUUUCAUCCUCUGUUGGAAUGUGAAGAGAUUAGGUCUCGUUCAGACCACCGUCUUUCAGCACCUGAGUUGCACAGUGUGUUUACAUGGUGUUGGAGCUCGGUCCAGUUAUUUGAUUAGUGGAACUGGACGUGCCUGACAGCGAUCGCACCAAAUAGAAACUCUGCAAGUCGCAGCAUGUAAACAGCACAUAGAACCAGACCAAAGUGAAACACACAAUUCCAACCCCUGUCCAAUGUCUUUAAAGAGAACCAGAUGAUAGUGGACCAGGUCAUUGGUAAGAUGGUAAAAGUCUUAAAUUGUAACAGGAAGUAAGUUGUUGCCGUUGCAUCUUUAUCGGGGAUCUUCACGGUGACUUCUAGUGAAGAUAACCAUGAAUCCUCUGCUUGUUGGCAUGCGCUUGACCAUGACUCUCAUCCAUUUCCUUAUUUAGACAUUUGGAUUAUCAAGAGAUCAUCGCUUCGGUUCGGUUGCCAGGUGCAGAAUGUUGAGGCUUUCUUUAUCUCUUGGAUUGUGGCACACCGUAUGAACAAAAGUAUGCGAACAUUCCAUAGAUAGGAAGUGAACAUGCAAGAAAAUUUGGAGUUAGGCCCGCUUACACUCUUCUGACAGACUUUUACAAGCUGUUGGCGUGUGUCUUGGGGAUUUUUCUGUUCAUUCAUCAGGCUGUGAGAUCAGCAAUGUUGGACCUGAGAGCGGGCCUGACAGCUCACAAGCUCUUCAUCCCAGCAGUGAUUGAUUCCUGUAUGGGGUUUGCAUGUUCUCCCCGUGCCUGCGCGGGUAUACCCCAGCUACUCCGGUUUCCUCCCACAUUCCAAAAACGUGUGGUAAACUGAUUGACCUCUCCAAAUUGUCCGUAGGUGUGAUUGCGAGCGUGAAUGGUUAUUUGUCUCUAUGUGCCCUGUGAUUGGCUGGCGAGCAGUUCAGGGUGUACCCCGCCUCCCGCCCAAACGCGGCUGGGAUAGGCUCCAGCAUGCCUGCGAUCCUCGUGAGGAUAAGCAGUUCAGAAGAUGAAUGAAUGAAUGAGUGUCCCCACAAAGUUGGAAACAGAAUUGUGCAAAAUGCCUCGGUAUGCUUGUAGAAUUAAAACUGUCUACCAAAUAAAUCCCCAUAUGUGUUUAAUUACUCUUGUUUGUAGAGUAUGCCAUCGUCCACGUCUAGAAAAAGAGGUGACAACUGCCCCGUAACUUCUUCUGCAACCCAUUGAACUCCAUGUUGUAAUCCAAAACACAGCGAACCAAAGCGUGCAUCAGCCACACCUUCUUCUGUGCAUUGUUGAUACAAAAGGAAGGUCAAAAGCCCAGAAUUGUUUCUUUUCUCCAAGGUCCAUUUGUAAAAACAGGUCUUUGUGUUUAGUGUGUCAGCAUCAGAAGGAAUAAGGGUGUGUGUAAGUUUGUCGUACGGAAAGAUUUAUAACCGCGUAUUAUUGAAAGCACAUGUAAGAAGAAGGCAAGCGUGACGACCUCGGAAUAUUCUUAAUGUGUCCAUCUGCACAAAUUAAGAUAAUAUAUUAAGAUAGAGUAAAACGGAUUAUUUUAGUGUCGGAGUGCCUGGUCAAAAAAAAAAAACUUUUCCUUUCGCGCAAGACAGCAAGCUUGGUCACAAGAUGUAAAUCAAUAUUGACAAAACCAAGUUUCGAUUUUGGUAUCAAGCUGUGAUUAUAUCAUCGGAAUUGUUUGGUCACUGAGAUGUUCCGGCUGCCGAUGAAUGGCUCCUCUGUGUCCAUCCUGAUAGCAAUACAUUGUUUGUGGAUGGGGAAAGGACGCACAAAGAGGCCUGUCUUGCGCUUUAUGUGCAGACUAGCAGAGUGACGGCACAUGGAAGUAGGCCAAAGGUCACGCUGACCCUCUGCUCGCUUGACAGUUUCUCUUGUCAGCUUUUUCUACUUUUACUCAGAUGAUGAUUUAAAAAAGAAAUGAUUCAUAUAGAUUCAAUGGUGAUUUUAGAUUGUUUAUACUUGAUUGUUUUUUGGCAUUUAAUCAACCAAGCAAACAGAUCGUGUUCAUGUUCCUCUUGUGGAAACCUUUUUGACCUAUGGGCUCACAAAGUAUGACGUUUGACAGUUUCGGUGAUUACUGUCAAAUACCAUCAUAGUGACAAAAUGUCCCACGAAGGACGGUGUGAUCCACUUGAGGUAUAAAAAUAAAUAUGUGUGUGAUUGCGCUCAGAUUUACAAUAUGGAGUUAUGACUUGAACACAAUGUUGUCCCUGUUUUUUUUUUUUUUUUUUAUAGCUCGCAUACUGAAGCAGGCUGCCUUGAUAGAUGUACGCAUGUACUCCACGUAGACAAUGGAUGUUUUCUUUAUUUGUCAUGAAAGCAUUUGGUAACAAAUAUAACAUGUCGCUGCGAUUGUUAGCUUUAAUCAAAGAUGUUGUACUAAAGUUUUAUACUGAGAAGUAAAGGACAUUUGCCAUAUUA